AUGUAUGUGUUCAGUCAGUGCAAUGGUGUUGUGCAAUGGGUUCACCUGUGCUAAGGGAUAGCUAUAGUGAGAGAGAAAAAGAGAGAGACAACUGGUUUUUGUUAUGUUUACUCUAAUAACUGGUGUGUUGUCUCACCAAUUGAAUUGAAUGGUAUAGAAAAAAUGAAAUAAAAUAAUAAAUUGCGUGAAACAAAACAGUUAUCAAUACUACUACUACUACUACUACUACUACCACUGCACGAGACAAUCAUCUCAAUUGAAUGGCCAACAAGUAGUUGUCAUCUAAAAUAACACACAAUGUCUGUACAACAGCAACAACAACCAAAUCAAUCGCCGAUUACAACCAAUGGAUCAACUGAUGGACACGACAUGCAAAAGCUAAGCGAAGAUGAGCUAAAAUUGUUGGCCAAACUUGAAGAGCAAAAUAGAUUAAUUGAAACCGAUGUCAAGUCAAUGAAUUCAUUGCAAACAAAUUCCGGUCACUCGCGCCGGUCAUCCGACACAAGCCAAGUGUCGGAGUUGUCUCAGCAGAUGAACUCCGAGUGCAGCCAAGAUGGCCAAGAGUUAGCUAACAACAACAGCAACGGUAGAGACAUUUGGCAGCUCUGGGGUUAUAUAAUGAACGAUUGGAACAAUCAGUCGAAGAAAAAGUCGACAAUUCAGGAUUUAGUACGCAAAGGCAUUCCCCAUCACUUAAGAGGAAUGGUAUGGCAAUUGCUGUGUAAUGCUCAGAACAGCUCCGUCCGCGACCAGUACAGCCAAUUCCUAAGCCAGUCAUCCGUUUGCGAGAAAGUCAUUAAACGAGACAUUGCCCGUACUUAUCCCGAACACGACUUUUUUAAAGAGAAAGGCAGUCCCGGACAGGAAGGACUGUUCAAUGUUAUGAAAGCCUACUCGAUAUAUGAUAGCGAAGUCGGUUACUGUCAAGGAAGUGCUUUUCUAGUGGGCGUCCUAUUGCUCAACAUGCCUGAAGAGGACGCCUUUGCCGUCUUUACAUGUCUUAUGCAGGACUAUCGACUUCGUGAGAUGUAUAAGCCAACUAUGGCUGAACUGGGACUCUGUAUUUAUCAAUUAGAGUGUAUGGUUCAGGAAUUGCUACCCGAGCUAUAUAUGCACUUUCAAUCUCAGAAUUACUUUACAUCGAUGUACGCCAGCAGUUGGUUUCUGACAUUGUUUACGUCAUGCCUACCCCUUCACAUCGCUUACCGUGUUUUGGAUCUCAUUCUUCUCGAUGGCAUCGAAAUGAUAUUCAGAAUAUCUAUAGCAAUACUCUUGUUAUGCAAAGAAGAUCUACUAAGACUCGAUAUGGAAGGUUUGUUGAAGUACUUUCAGAAAGAGAUGCCAUCCAAGUGCGAGACAGAUCCCGACUAUUUGGUGAAUUUGGCCGCUCAGGUCAAGUACGACCCGAAGAAGAUGAAGAAAUUAGCAAAAGAUUAUCAGGCAGUGAAAAAUAAAGAACAGGAAGAGUUGGUUGAACUAAGAAGAUUAAGAACAGAGAAUCGAUUGCUUCGCCAGAGGAUUGAAAACUUGGAACAAGAAAGUGCCGAAUUGGCCGACAAACUAAUUCAGGGACAGGUAUGUAGGGCACAGGAAGCCGAAGACAAUUUUGUCAUAAAACGUGAACUGGCGGCCAGUCGUCAACAGGAACUGGAAGUUAGACAAGAAUUAGAUAAAGCAUUGAAUACGAUAACUGAGAUGAAAGAAACUAAUAGUAUUAACUCAUCGCUUGAAUCGCAAGAAAAUCAACAGUUGAUUGAAUCACUUCAGGAAGAGUUGAUUGCUGUAAAGUUAAGAGAAGCCGAAAAUAAUGAAGAGAUGAAGAUAUUAAGGGAACGAAUCAAUGAAUUAGAAGAAAUCAAUGACCGAUUGCAUGAACUACCGCCCGAUCACGCCGUAGCACAGCUUCAAGAAGAGCUAAUUGCUGUUAAGCUACGGGAGGCUGAGGCCAACCUAUCCAUAAAAGACUUGCGCCAUAAGAUAACAGAUCUGCAGCAGAUGUGGAGCGAACAUAUGUCCCAAUCUCACGGAAGUAACGAUUCAUCGCUUCAAAACAAUUCACAACCGAAUAGUCUUGAAGCUAAUGGCGGUUCCAAUCCGUCGUCACUGUCGGUAACAUCGAGUCCAUUGAAAAUGUUGGGAAACGCUGUCAAACGUACCGAUCAUACGGCAGAAAUCAAUAGAUUGAAGAACGAAGUGAUGAGCGCUAAACUCCGUGAAGCCGAAGCCGUAGCCGAACUCAAAGAAUUGCGUCAAAAAGUGAUGGAAUUGGAGACACAGAUUAAGGUGUCCAUCAAUCAGAUUAGACGACAGGCCGAUGAGUCAAACAAACUGAAGGAUAGCUAUGAAGAGUUGAUCGAAAAAGAGAGACAAACGCAAAGUCAAUUGAAUGCCGAAAAACGACAUUACGCUGAUCUGGACUUCCAGAUGAAAGAACAACAAAUGAUGAAACGUAUCAAAGAGUUAGAACAGACACAGAUUGUGGCCGAACUCAAACACAAAAUCUCAUCACUCGAAGCCAAAAUUGAAGAGCACUUGACAAUAACGAAGCUGAAUGAGAGCGGUUCCGAACCGGAGAACGCACUCGAACUCCAGAACCGAAUGGCAGAACUACAGUCUGAAAUGUUUCGUCUGGAAGUGACAAACAAGAAGUUAAGUACUCUGCAGAACGGAUCCGGUGGUGGCGGCGGUGAUAAUGAUUUGAUUAUCAAUAAAAGAAUUGCCCAAACAUUUACCACAAUUGGCGAAUUGUGACCUCAUUUUUUCUGUUGACGAUAUUUGAUGACAAAUAAUGACAAAACAAUGGGUUUUUUCUUUUGUUUUUCAUUAUCAAGUGAUGAUUUGUUGGUUUCUUAAGAUAAUAAUACUGUAAUGUCAUAAAACAAAUCCGUAAAAAAAUUUUAAAGUUUUAAUUUCAUAAAAAUAAUCAAAAAAAAAAAUGUUUGUCAUAUGUUCGCCGUCAUCGACGAAAAAAAUGUGUCCCAAAAUUAUGUCACAAAUUUUAUUAUAUAUAUAUAUUUGU